CAAUUUUGUUAAUUAAUCAGUUCUAAAAAAAGAUUAUUGAUAAUCACAUUAAUCAUUUGAAGAAAAAUUAUCUCCAUCUUUGGAAAACUUAUUUCAAGAUUGUGAUCGUGAGGUUUUCCCUUUAAUCGGAUUAGAAUUAAACUGUUUACAUUAAGAGAAUUGGUUUACCUUUUGUCUUUUCUUAGGCCUAACCAGGUAAACGUUUCUUUUUGUAAUGUGAACCUUUUUAAUUGUUAACUUUCGUUAAUCAGUUCACUGUUUUUAAUUAAACAGUUUAAUUCUGUGAGAAGAAUAUAAAAAGGAAACAUUUUUCUCCAUCCUUUGUAUUUCCCUCUCAAAGUUGCAAUUUCAUGGUUAGUCUCUUAUCCAUGCCUAUUGUUUAGUUACCAUUAGUUAGUUUUGGUUUUCAACAACAACAACAUUUCUGUUUUUGGUUUGUUAAUGUGUAUCUUUUAAUUUGUUUGGUGAUAUUUGGUUCUAAUUAAACAGAGAAUUCCUAAUGGCCUCUGAUCCUCCACAAGGUUCAAGCUCCAUGAGACCAUUAAGUGAUCUAGAUUUUAGAUCGAGCUCAUCUGAUGAUUUAAUUUUUCCUUAUUGUGAUGAUGUGAUGAAAUAUGAAAGAUUGGCUAAGAUUGGCCAAGGUACAUUUGGUGAAGUGUUUAAAGCUAAACAUAAACAAUCAAAGAAAUUUGUUGCUCUUAAAAAAGUUCUUAUGGACAAUGAGAAAGAAGGUUUUCCAAUCACUGCCUUGAGAGAGAUUAAAAUCUUACAAUUACUUAAUAAUGAAAAUGUGGUUAAUCUCAUUGAGAUUUGCAGAACCAAAACAAAAGCCGAUGGAGUCAAAGGUUCACCGGCCACAUUUUACCUUGUAUUUGAUUUUUGCGAACACGAUUUAGCUGGUCUGCUAAGUAAUAUGAAUGUUAAAUUCAGUUUGGCUGAGAUAAAAAAAGCGAUGCAACAAUUGUUCAAUGGACUCUUCUAUAUUCAUAGUAAUAAGAUCUUACAUCGAGAUAUGAAAGCAUCUAACAUUUUAAUCACUAAAGAUGGUAAACUUAAAUUAGCCGAUUUUGGACUUGCUCGAGCAUUUAGUGCAAAUAGUACAAGUAAAAAGUAUACCAAUCGUGUGGUUACCCUUUGGUAUCGACCUCCUGAACUUUUAUUAGGUGAACGUAAUUAUGGUCCACCAGUUGAUCUCUGGGGUGCCGGUUGUAUAAUGGCUGAAAUGUGGACUCGAUCUCCUAUUCUUCAAGGUGGAACCGAUCAAAGUCAAUUAACUUUAAUCAGUCAACUUUGUGGAUCAAUUACUCCAGAGGUUUGGCCUGGUGUUGAGAAUCUCGAAUUAUUCAAUAAAUUGGAAUUGAUAAAAGGACAAAAAAGAUUAGUUAAAGAGAAAUUGAAAGGUUAUGUUCGAGAUGCUUCUGCAUUAGAUCUUCUCGAUCGAUUACUUUGCCUUGAUCCAUCCAAAAGAAUUGAUUCUGAUUCCGCUUUAAAUCACGAUUUCUUCUGGUCCGAUCCAAUGCCCGGUGAUUUAGGUCGAAUGUUGUCCCAACAUUCAACAUCCAUGUUCGAGUAUCUCGCUCCACCACGAAGAAGAGUUACCAACCACCCGGCUGCUCCUGUAAACCAAAUGAGACGAACAAACAACAAAGAUGGACAAUAUCAUGAUAGAGUUUUUUAAUUGCAUGUAAAAGAAUCAAAAAAGUCGCCGAUUGAUUGUAAACCUUUUCCCUCUCUCUCUCUCUCUCUCACCACUUUCUCACUCCCACAACCUAAAAACAAACAAUUACUUCAAUUAUCACCCAUUCUCGUGUGAUUAUCGUUCACUUUUUUCUUCUCUGUAAAUAUCACUAUUUACAUUUAUGAUCAAACAACAAUUAAUCUCAUCUCAAUUAAAACAAAAUCUGUAUCACAAACAUUCAAGUAUCAAAUUAAACCUUACGUUCAAUCUCAGACCAAAA